AGUAUUGUAAAGAUGUUAAGGAUUUUAUGCUUUUUAUGCUGAAACGGAACGUACUGACAUCUAAAAUUCUUAAAUCCAUCUUGUGUCAAUGUCAAUUAAUUGUGAUGUGAAGUGAAUAUUCUAUUCUAUGAAGAUUCUUAGUGGGAUAGUUUGAAUAAAACAAUAUAAUUUUAACCGUACGGGCAUCAUAGCUAUAACCAAAGCACAAAAAUGCUAAAGGGUGUUAGUUUGGUCACCGGUGGGGCUUCGGGUCUAGGGAAAGCUACAGUGGAACGAUUUGUGAAAAAUGGCGGCAAGGUCGUUAUUCUUGAUGUACAAGGUACAAGAGCGCAGCAAGUUGCCCAAGAACUUGGUGAAAAUGUAGUUGUGGCUAAAGGCUGUGUAACAUCAGAAACAGAUGUAAAGAACGCAUUAGAUAUUGUAAAAGAUAAGUUUGGGCGCCUCGACAACCUCGUCAACUGCGCUGGACAGUCGUCCACUCACCAAAUAUAUAACUUCUACAAAGAUAAGGCCUGUGAGAUGGACGACUUUAUCAAAUGUAUCAAUGUAAACACAAUAGGCACAUUCAACACAAUACGUUUAGCAGCUGGUUUAAUAGGGAAGAAUAAACCUGAUGAUAAUGGACAGAGAGGGGUUAUAGUCAAUACGGCAUCCACAAUUGCCUAUGAAGGGGAUAUCGGACAGGCUGGGUACGCCGCAUCUUCGGCAGCUAUAGUUGGCAUGACCCUGCCCAUAGCUAGAGAUCUGGCUUCACAAGGAAUCAGAGUUGUUACUAUAGCUCCGGGUCUCUUCGACACUCCUCUUCUGUCUUAUCUACCAGAGAAGAUGAUCGAGUUCCUAAAACGUAUGACGCCAUUCCCCUCUCGGUUGGGCAAACCUGAGGAGUUUGCGCAGUUAGUUACCAGCAUAGUGGAGAAUCCCAUGCUCAAUGGAGAAGUCAUACGAUUAGAUGGUGCACAAAGAUGGUUCCCACUGUAGAUUAGUUAGGAAGUAAGACUGUUAAUAAAUGUGUAGAUAAUU